AUGGACGAAGUUCAUGAGGGUGUAUGUGGGAACCACAUCGAAGGACGAGCUCUCGCCGCAAAGAUCGUCCGAACAAGAUACUAUUGGCCGACCAUGAAAGGGGAUUGCAUAACAAAAGUCAAGACAUGUGACAAAUGUCAAAAGCACGUAGCCAUCUCUACAAAGCCUGCCGAAGUAUUACACAGCAUGGAGCAUCAUUUUAGCUCGGUUGAACACCCACAAACCAAUGGACAAGCCGAAGCUGCUAACCGAGUUAUAUUGCAGGCAAUAAAGAAAAAGCUCAAUAUUGCGAAGGGAGAAUGGGCAGAGCUCGUCCCAGAAAUAUUAUUGAGCUACAAUACAAUAAUACAAACUAUCACGGGUGAAACGCCCUUCAAAUUAGUCUAUAGGGCUGAAGCAUUAAUUCCCGUUGAAGUCGGCGUCCCUACAUUGAGAGCCGAGCUAUAUGACGAGCAACACAACGUGAACGCAAGGAACGCCGAGCUCGAUUUAGCCGACGAGGAUAGGGAGAUCGCCGCCUUCAAACAAAGGGCUAAAAAACAAUUAGCCGAAAGAAAGCACAACAAGAGAGUACAUUCGAGGACAUUCAAUGGGGGUGAUCUAGUACUCAGACAAACAGAAGAAGCCAGACGACCUCUUACACACGGCAAACUCGCCGCAAAUUGGGAAGGUCCCUUCCGAAUAGCAAAAGUACUCGGACUGGGGGCUUACCAACUUCAAACAUUGCAAGGCAACACAAUACCAGGAAACUGGAAUGUUUCUUCACUAAAAAUGUAUAGAUCAUGA